CACUCCUUUUCUCCUGGACGUUAGAGCAGACCUUCGCGGCCCUCUCCCCAAAAGCGGAAAUUGAAGAUAGAGUUUGUGACAUUGCGCAGAGCGCCGCUAUUUCCGGGUUUGCCACUUCCGGUUGGUGGUUAUCCUACGAACGACGGCGCUAGAAAGACACCACUGGAGAGGGGAGCCUCCAGUUUUCUGGAAUGGCUUCCUUUGGAUGGAAGAGAAAGAUUGGUGAGAAGGUAUCUAAGGUAACAUCCCAGCAAUUUGAAGCUCAAGCUGCUGAUGAACAGGGCCUGGUUGAUAAUGGUGAAGUUGAUUGGCUUCAGGAGGCCAAAAGGAAAAAGGGGCUUCUUCUGGAAGAUUGCGUAGCCCAAAGUAAACACCUGAAGGAUGAAGGUGCAAUUUUAGCCGAAAAUGGAAGGUACCAGGAAGCUCUUCACAAAUGGGACGAAGCACUUCAGUUAACCCCUGAAGAUGCCACUCUGUAUGAGAUGAAAUCACAGGUUCUGAUGUCUCUACAUGAAAUGUUUCCUGCCGUGCAGGCAGCAGAAAUGGCUGUCCAGAGAGAUCCCCGUUCUUGGGAAGCGUGGCAAACACUGGGGCGGGCUCAGCUUGGAUUAGGAGAAAUCACGUUGGCUAUUCGAAGCUUCCAGGUUGCCUUGCACAUCUAUCCGCUCAACUCCGAAUUGUGGAACGAAGAUCUUUCCUGGGCAAGAAAAUUACAACAACAGAAAAAAGCAACCAAAACUGAGACAGGAACACAGGGGGAUGAGACAAAAACUCUGGAGGAACCAAUCCCAGAUUAUGAUUUUGAAAGCGAUGAGAUCUUGGCCGUGUGUGCUGCCAUUGCAGAAAAAGAAAAAAGCACUUUGACCUCUAAAAGUGUAGUGAUUGUAUCCGCUUCGGGAACCAUUGAGACUGUAACUGAACAAGAGGAGUGUGCAACGGUCCCUGAUGGUGCUGUGUUUAUCAAAGCCCGAUAAUCCACAUAGUUCCUUCCUGUAACAGCCGUAAAUUUGAGGAGCCGCUGUUGCUGUUGUUGUUUUACUUGCUUUGCCUUUUCUCAGAGCCCUGUCUUGAGUCACUGAGCAUUGGAGAUCCCCAUUCCAUCAAAUUAAACUUCCGGAGGCUCAUGUGUCCUGUAGGACUAGAGGAGGCAGAAUUUGGAAAACCGAACAUCAGUUCAUUGCUGUUGCCUGUCUCCCACAUUGAAUGCUACUUUGCAAACAACACCUUUGCAAAUGUGGUGCCUUCCUAACGCAACAGCCUCCAUGUCCCACAAUCCACGCAUAGCAUGGUUCUUGGGGAUGAUAGCUGAGGUUCGUGGAAGGUGAUGUGCAAUCCUCCCAAAAGGCAUCUCCAUUGUGGAAACCUGGUGUUCCGUAUAGAAAGAAAACAGAACUGUGUGUGUGUCUGGCAAUAGUGGCUUUGAAAUAGGAACUGGAAGUGUUGGGUCUGUGUAUGUUUAUACUG